AUGUCUUGGGCGCCAAUCGAGAAUGACCCUGUCAUAGGGGAUUGGAGUAUCACCAAAGAACUAGCUAUGAACAAGGGUGUGUGGAAGUUUGCUAUCCAUAAGAUUAAGACAUGUGCAGUGUCGCCUAUUUCACCUCAGGAGAGUGCCCAGCUAUUUGCUCAGGUUGUUUGUAGUCCUACAGAGGCUUGCCAAAAAGAGGAAAAACUCUCAACCUCUGCAUACUGUGUAGGUGUUUUUACGGAGCUGUUGCAACAGUUGCAAUUGAAGGGUCUCCAAGUUGAUGAACUCUACUCACUUGAUCUUGAUGCCCUCAAUGAUCUUCAGCCAAUUUAUGGGCUUAUAGUUCUGUACAAAUGGCGACCUCCAGAAAAAGAUGAGCGCCCUGUUAUCAAGGAUGCGGUCCCAAAUCUGUUCUUUGCUAAUCAGAUAAUUAACAGUGCAUGUGCAACCCAAGCUAUUAUUUCUGUUCUGUUGAACUCUUCUGGCAUCACCCUUAGCGAGGACCUCAAAAAGCUCAAGGAGUUUGCAAAGGACAUGCCGCCAGAGCUCAAAGGAUUGGCUAUAGUGAAUUGUGAAAGCAUUCGUAUGACCAGUAAUUCAUUUGCAAAGUCAGAUGACUACUCCGAGGAACAGAAAUCCAAGGAUGAUGAUGUCUACCAUUUCAUUAGCUAUGUUCCUGUUGACGGCGUCCUGUAUGAGCUUGAUGGACUAAAGGAAGGACCGAUUAGCCUGGGAAAAUGCCCAGGUGGUAUUGGGGAGAUGGGGUGGCUGAAGAUGGUGCAGCCUGUCAUCCAGGAACGCGUUGAUAAGUUCUCUCAGAAUGAGAUAAGGUUCAGUGUCAUGGCUAUCACAAAGAACCGGAAGGAAAUUUUCAUCAUGGAGCUCAAGGAACUUCAGAGGAAGAGGGAGAACCUCUUAUCACAAAUGGGCGAUCCUUCUGCCAAUCGGCAAAGGCCAUCCAUUGAGCGGUCACUCGCAGAGGUUGCUGCUCAGAUUGAGGCUGUGACCGAGAAGAUCAUAAUGGAGGAAGAGAAGGCAAAGAAGUGGAAGACAGAGAACAUCAGGAGGAAGCACAACUACGUGCCUUUCUUGUUCAAUUUCCUCAAGAUCCUCGAGGAGAAGCAGCAACUGAAGCCCCUGGUAGAGAAGGCGAAACAGAAUUCUCACAGCCGUAACCCUAAGUGA